UAUAAAAUAUUACUGGCAUUUACAUACCAGUCCUUAGACAUCCAAUUUGUUUCAGUUAGUCCAGAAAGAAGAAUUGUUUGGAUGUUUGAACGAUAUUUGAAGAAUUAAGCGAAUAAAAGUUAGAAGAUUGAUUUAAUUCUUCAUUUGGCUUGAGUUGACUUGGUUUGAAUACAUCCUACCGAAACAGCGCGAAGCUCAUAUAAAGCAUAAUAAAGAAGACGUGGCAGUGUUCCAAUGAAUCCUUAUCGCCCUUAUGUAUUAGCAAAUAACUUAGAAGUGAGCCCAUCGACGGUCCCGCAGCCAGAUUUUGAACCGGAAAUCUAUAUCAAUAGUAACGACAUUUUUGAUGCUUUGAAGAGCGCUAUUGUAACGAAAUAUUUGACUACCUUUUUAAUACAUCCUCUGGAGGCUGCGAAAACAAUAUGCCAAGUAGAAGCAUAUUUGUCCAAAGACAAGUCUGCGGGCUCUAUAUCCCGUACUCGAACUAGAGAAGAAGAAGAUGAACAUACCAAGCAGCAUGAUCUUUUCUCUGAUGUUAGUGAUGAUGAACAAGAGAUUAAUGCCUAUUUUGAAAGCCCAUCACUCGAUAAUACUGUCAACGAGGACCUGAAAGAAAAGAUAUGCGUUGAGCCUUCGGGAUACGUAAACACCUCUGCUCAUGCGAACACCCUUCAUACGUUUACAAUUUCUCCAAGUCGCUAUUCCAUCAAAAGCAUUAUUUCCUCGCUAUGGGAAAAGGAAGGUGCAAAAGGUUUAUGGAAGGGACAUACUGUGACAUUUCUUUAUAAUCUUUUAUAUUCCGGAUUCCAGACUUGGCUUUCUGCAACUUUUUCUGGUUUUCUUUCCAUUCCCGAUCCUAACAUCAUGCCGCCCGUGGACUCUGUUCGUCCAUUGUCGUCAGUGUUUGUGAAAUCCAUUUCAUCUGCAAUCUCCGCCCUUGUUUUAGCCCCUUUGGAUAUUGCAAGGACAAAAAUUAUUCUCUUUCCAAUCACUUCUUCCUCGUCAUUGUCUGAUCCAACCGCAGUUAACUCUUUCAAUUCUCCUCAUAAAACUUCCUUAUCGACUCUUCGUUGUCUAAAAUCUUUGCCUCCAUAUUGUCCUUCAUCCUUAAUUUUCCCUACUAUUUGUUAUGCAAGUCUCCCAACUGCUAUUUCCUCUUUGUUCCCUAUUGCGUUUAGAAACUUUUUAGGAUCUUCUUCUAUUAUGGAUUCUUUUGUAGGCUUCACUACUUCUUCUUUACAAUUUGCCUUGCAGAUUCCUUUGGAAACCUGUUUAAGAAGAGCACAGGCCCAAUACCAAUGUGAUUUACCUCCUCAGACCAUAGUUCCUGCUGGCCGUUAUACAGGUAUUACUGGUACAGUUUGGUGCUUACUCAGUGAAGAAGAUCCAGGUCGUUUUGGAAUUGAGGGAUUAUAUCGUGGUUGGAGAGUUGGAGUUUGGGGUAUAACUAGCGCUCUGGCUUUGAACUUUUUGUCUUCAAACUUUCGUGAAGAAGUAGAAUUUUGAGCUAAUGGGUCUUACUAUGAUAAUAUAGCGUCAUUAUCGAAAAAUUAUAAAAACUUUUGUGGAACUAAGUAUAUGAUUGAAAUAUCAUCAGCACAUUAAUCUCAAAAAGUAGUAAAGAAAUUAAUAUAUCGAACAAUUUAAUUUUGAUAUCCCUAUAUUAAGUUUGCAUCUUUUUUUAUUGUAAUCUAAUAAAAUAACCUUUUUAACUUCA